CAAAACUUAGUUACUAGACAAGAUAAGACUAAGUAGUUACACAUUCAAAAUGGUUUCAUAUGUUAAAGGUCCUGCUUACAAAACUGUUAAAUCAGUUGCUGGUUUAAACAUUCCUCUUCUUAAAUCUUACGUUCCAAACUUGGCCUUAUGGGGAGGUGCCGUUGCUGGUGGUAUUGCUACCUUCACUGAAGGUAUUCCAUUAUUCCAAAACACCUUCUACUCUAAGAUUCCAGUUUUUGGUGAACACUGGGUUUACAAUCCAGAUCCAGAAGAUAUUCCAAUCUAAUCAAAUUGUAUAUUUAAAACACUUCUAUUUAUCCAUCAAUUCAUUUCAUUUCCGGUCUAUUCAUUCGCAUAACUAAGAAUAAUAAACGUUUACUUAUAAUA